AUGAUAUCACAAAGUUUGUGCUCUAUACUUAUUUCUGAUAAUGCCAAUCUUGAUGAUAAUGCUGCUACAUCAAUUUAUUUUACCAAAUUAAUUGUUAAUGGUACAACAGAUGCAAAUCGUGUAUCACUUGUAAACCAUAUCACUUAUGGUUAUAUCGCACCAAUUAUCAUAUCAUUUGGUAUCAUUGGUGACAUAAUGACAGUAGCAACAUUAACGCGUUCCUUAUUUAAGCGAUCUUCAAUCAUUUAUACCUACCUCAUAUUACUUGCUAUUACCGAUCUGUCAACACUUUUAUCAGUGAUACCAAUGAUUUUGUGGCUGCUUGAUUGUCGUCUUUGCUCCUAUCCAUCAGCACUUUACUAUGCUCAUAUUGGAUUUCCAUUGGUAAAUGCAUUUAUGGGUGCUAGUGUAUGGAUUGUAGUAUUUUUAACAAUGAGUCAGUAUAUGGCUGUUUGUCACCCAUUUCAUCAUCGUUAUCUCAGGACAAGAAAAAUGUGCUUAUUAUUGGUUAUCACAUCUUAUGUAAUGAAUUUUUGUAUCUAUGCUCCAUGGGCUGCAAAAAAAGUUCUUUAUGAGGUACCACCAGGAUUUGCCACAUGUCAAUUUGUUGUAUGCGAUCGUAAAAUUGAAAUGUGGUAUAAAGUGUAUGAAUGGUGUCGUGAAACAAUUAGCCGUUUGUUACCAUUUGUUCUUGUUGCAUAUUUUAAUUCUAAAAUUUUAAUCACAUAUCGAAAUACUAAAAAGGAACGCUUUCAACGACUUGCAUCUAACCAGCAAAAAAUUUCAACAAAAAGUGAACAAGAAGAAAAGCGAUUAUUUACAUUGUUAUUUUCAAUUAUUAUAAUAUUUUUCAUUUGCACAAUACCUGCUGCACCACUGACAAUAUUUGUUUCUGAUAAACGAUCAUUUAAUGUACCAUUUCAAAUAAUUAGAGCUAUUAUUAAUGUGAUGGAAUUCACCAAAUUUGCACUCAAUUUUUAUUUUUAUUGUUUAAUUAAUCCAAAUAUUCGCUUAAUUUGCUCUCAAAUGAUCCGUUGUAAACCUAUUAAAAACCCAUCCCGCAUUUUUGGCCAAGCGAUGAAUCCAGCAUCACAUUUUGCGAAACGAAGAUAUUUUACGACACAUAAUUGCAGACCUUUUAGUGAUUCUAACAAUUUUUCAAGAUCACUACCAAUCAGCAGAUCGAAAAUAAUGGAUGAUAAAAUUGAUAAGCAAUUAACAAUAAUUAAUGAUAAUUUAACCGAUGAAUUUAUUCUAAAAGGUAUUGGUAAUGAUGAUGAUAAUGCUAUUACAACAACUACAAGUGAUAUUAUUGUUGGUGAUGUACCUGUUAUUAUCACUACUGAUAGUUUAGAAGAAAUUCGUUUAUUAAUUAAUGGACGAUGUAGUAUGGUAUAA